AUGAAUGCACGACAUCAGAAAUAUCGUUUAAAUGUUGAUCUACGACAAGUGAAAGAUGCGACAAGCGCUUUUCUCCAUUCCCUUCUCUUACAUCGAUCCGUUGGAAAGUUCACAUACAAAGAGGAGAACAACUACACGUUGGGAUCGCUUGGAGUUGGAGAAGUUGACUGCCAAACAAUCGAUUUGACAUAUGUAAGGAUCAAUAGUGAAGAGCUGUGCGCCUACAUUGAUGAACAGGUGCGCGCUUUUUAUUCGGAUGUAGAGGAGAGUUUCACCUCUCAUCCACCAACUCCCGCCUCUUCUCCAUCAAGUCCUCCAUCUAGAUUUAGAGAAUUUUCUCCAUCAUUCAACGCCUCAAUUGGUGUAGAAUUCUUGCAAAAGAAGAAACGACAAUGGCCUUUAUCGGAAGAAUCUGUGUCAUGGGAAGUGUGGAAUCUCGGAUUGGAUAUUGUUAAAGCUUCAAAUGAUGAACUAUCGGUGAUGAGGGAAAGUGUGGCGGAGGCUCUCGGUGAAAUCGUUCUCACAAUUUGUUCACAAAUCAAUCGACAACAAUAUAUGCCCAAAAUGCCCACAAGAUCCGAGCUCAACAGCGUUUUCGACAGUCGUUUCACCGAUUGCCAGCCGUAUCUUUACAAAAUUAUGCAAUCAACGCCAAACACACGAAUUCAAUCCCAACGUCCACUUGUCGCCUUCCAAAAUGUGCUGAAGAAUCUCGCGUAUCCAAGC